AUGGGAGAGGCAUCUGAGUCUGACCCUUUGGUCAAGCGAAACCUGGAGCUUCUGAAGUCUGGCAAUUUUGCGGACGCAGUAAUCAUCUGCAAGGGAAAAACCUGGAAGGUGCAUAGACUUAUUCUUCGAAGUGGCUGUGUUUGGUUCGACAAGGCAUUCGCAAACAAUUGGAAGGAAGCACAGACAGGCCGAGUCCAGUUACAAGACCAACAACCGGAACAGAUUGAUGACCUUUUAAAGUUCAUUUACACGGGUCGAUUCACUCCGCAUUUGGCAUCCAAUGCCAAAGUCAUCUCAAACCCCAAUCUAGAGACCAAUGUCUCUCUGUGGCAAGCCGCCGACUUUUUCCUGCUUCCAAGCCUAGAGACUGCGGUUUACAACUACCUAUACGAUCGAACCACCGCCGUGCUGCGCUGUUUCCACACUCGCAGGCUCAGGCUGACCGAUUCUACGCCCGGCAGGGAUAGCGAAGCUCAGCCUCACGAUGACACCUUCUUCGCUGAUUUCUCCAGGGCAAUCGAAAAGGCCUACAAAUUCCCUCGUGCGCGAGAGAUUCAGAAGUUGUUGGCAGUCACCAUUUGUGCUCUGCGCAAGCACGUACCGAAGUCCGUUUUUGGGGAUCUGAUGGAGACUCCCGGAUUUCAGAAGGACAUGUGCGCUACAUUCACUGCCCUCCAUUUCACGAAGCCCACCGAGCAAUUCGUGGAUGCUACGGUGCCGUUUGACAUUGUGCAAAACCGCCAUUGUUUCGAUUGUAACAGAAACCUUAGGACGUGCAAUCUCGCGCAGAACGACUUGUGGGACAUGACGCUGGAUCCGUUUUCAGUGGGAUUCGUGAAAUGGUGUGGUAGCUGCGCCCGUCCCUGGAUCAAGUCCUUGCUGGACACUAUGAUCUCAAAAUUGCCCGCUGAGCCGGGUUCUGUCUGA